AUGCCAGGUUCCGGUUCUGCAUCAAGAGGUGGCAACCAUGGCAAUGAGAGAACCCCGUUGCUUCUUCCAACUACUUCCGGUGGUGGACUUGAAGAGCACGAGGAAGCUGUGCUUGAAGAUGGAGAAAUAGAGGCUGCGGCCGAGAUUGGUGGUCCUGGGUUUCAGCCAGGUCAUGCCCCAGAUCUAUCAAAAAUUCGAAGCUAUUCCCAUAGCCAUUGGCUUGCUCCGGAUGAGGAUACAGGAAGUGCUGUAGAACCCGAGGGCACUACCAAGCAAUCGCCAUUUCUUGGUGGUGUAUCAAAAGCGAGAUUCUGGCUAAUAUUCAUCGGAAUUCUAUUUGCAUACUUUAUAGCGUUGUUUGACUCCACACUGAUGGCGUCAAGCCAUCCAGUCAUUACUUCUUACUUCAAUGCGUCUAAUUCUGCAUCGUGGCUUUCCACUUCUUUUCUCCUCACCUCGACAGCUCUACAACCACUGUUCGGACGAAUAUCCGACACCGUGGGAAGACGUCCGAUAUAUCUUCUAGGGUUAUUGUCGAUUACAGCGACUACCGCUUGGUGUGCUCUAGCACAAAGUAUCGGGAGCUUUAUUGCUGCUCGUGCCUUUUGUGGACUUUCAGCCGGUGGGAUUCUCGCCAUGGGCUCUAUCAUGACGAACGAUUUAGUUAGCAUAGAAGUCAGGGGCACCUAUCAGGCCUACAUAAACCUCUUCUACGGCUUAGGCAGUGCUUCUGGAGCUGCCUUCGGUGGUUUCCUCUGCGACCGCAUUGGCUGGAGAUGGACUUUCGGGGUGCAAAUACCUCCCCUUGUGGCCGUAUUUGUGCUAGCAUUUUUCACCACGCCUGCAUCGCUUGGCCCCAAUCUCGCAAAGACUUCCGGCAAAGGAGUCUUAGAAACCAUCAAGAGCUUCGACCUGGCUGGAUCUUUCUUUCUGACGACGUCCGUAGCGUUCCUAAUACUGGGCUUGAACCUCGGCGGCAACGUAUAUCUAUGGUCGCAUCCGCUGGUCAUAACGUCUCUUGUUGUUGCUUUCUUCGCUGGAUUGAUAUUGAUCCGGGUUGAGUCAAGGGCAGCUCGACCCGUCAUGCCGCUGAAGAUGCUGUCUAGCAAACCGCGAGCUAACAUCGUCUUCAGCAACUUCUCCGCGACUGCCGGAAUCAAUGCUAUUAUCUUCAACGCUCCUUUGUAUUUUCAAGCCGUCAAAUUAGACACGCCUUCAGUAUCGGGCUUUCGUCUAGCUGGACCAUCCCUCCUUUUGACCAUCUGCGGCGUGUCUAGUGGACUCAUCAUGACCAGCACCGGACGUAUGAAAGAGCUGUUUGUUUCGGGCUCGCUCUGCAUGUUACUAGGGUCGAUCUGCCUAUCGUCAAUGUGGGACGGAAUUCCUACGUGGCUUGCAACCAUCUUCGUUUGCCCGUCGAGCAUCGGCCAGGGUCUAGCAUUCCCUGCCUCAUCAAUUGCAGUAUUAGCCACAAGUUCACAAGAAGAUCAAGCUGUUAUGACCACCACACUCACUCUUUGGCGCAGUCUUGGUACUGUGAUGGGCGUUUCUCUGAGUAGCCUGGUCUUGCAGAACUCUUUAUCUGCCUAUCUGAACGAUCUGGUUACUGGUGCCCACAAGGACGAGAUCAUCUGGAAGGUUCGCAAAUCCGUUCGAGCUCUCUUAGACCUUGACCAGCAGCAUCAGCACCAAGUCAUUGAUGCAUAUUCAAGAAGCCUGAGGGUAACAUUCAUAUCAUCAAUUGUGCUUUUCCUAAUCGUGAACGCCUUGGCUCUCCCUGUCAAACUGCCUCGCCUGGGCCGAAAGUAG